AUGCUUCGAUCCGUUCUUCUGAAAAUGAUCGGCUAUCAAGAACACGUGACUGAGUAUGGUGUUCAUUGGAACUUCUUGUACACUCUGGCCUUAUUAAGGAUUUUUGGAUUUCUUCUUUUUCUCUUCUAUUCCCUUUACUCGGAAAGCAGAGUUACAAACUUGAGCUUUACUAGAUCUCGUGUCCUACUAAAAUUUGUUUUACAUGCAGCAAUCAUAACAACAGCGCUGCAAGUGUUCCUAGGAUUAGAAAAAUAUGGUUUUAGCUUGCAGCGUAAGCUUGCCCUACCUGAUCAUCGUCAUGAUAAUCAAUCUCUCUUCGUCUCCGACCCAACAUUCCGGAGCAAAUCAUUCUGGCUAGCGAAUGCAGAAGGGCUUGCUUCCCUGCCUGGCUAUUGCGCCGUCUAUUGCUGGGGCGCAGCGUUCGAGCUCUGGCUGUCGGGCCGAAUCGGGGUUUUUUCCCGUAAUAAGUACAGGGUCUAA